CCUGAUCUCUCCCAAUCUCUCUUCUUACAUCUCUUUUGUGUUUCAUAGAUCUCUAUCAAUCAUGGGUUCAAAUUUUCGUUACACUAUAGAUCUCAAUGAAGAUCAUCAAAACCAUCAACCUUUUUUCUCUUCUUUUGGAUCCUCUAUUCAUCAAAAUCAUGAUCAUCAACAACGUCUUUAUCAUCAUCACCAAGCUCUAUCUAAUCCCACUUUUUCAUCAUCUUCUUUAGCUUCACCAUCUCUUUCCUACCUCCCUUUCUUGAUCAACUCUCACCAAGAUCAAGUACAUGUUGGGUAUAACAACCAUACUUUUCAUGGCUUUCUUGAUCCUCAUAUCUCCCAGCCCCUUGAGACCAAAAAGUUUGUAUAUGAUGGUGGAUCAUCAUCAAGCGAUCAAAUGAUGCCAGAGAAGGAGACACGACUUAAAUUGACGAUAAGGAAGAAUGAUAAUCAUCAUGACCAAACCGAUCUUCCUCAAUAUCCGACAAAAGGCGAGACAGAAAGUAAUUCGCUCAAGUGGAUGUCUUCGAAGGUGAGAUUGAUGAAGAGAAAGACGAUGAUCACCCCCACCGACAACAACAGACAAUACGUUAAGAACGACCAGUCCUUGAACGUUAGCAAUCUCGAAGAAGAUCAUCUCAAGAAGAUUUCGAAAAAUCAAUAUAAUAUGAUUGCGAACGAGAAUGGUUAUAACGGAAGCAACAACUGCGUAACUAGGAUUUGCUCCGAUUGUAACACGACCAAAACUCCUCUUUGGAGAAGUGGCCCGAGAGGUCCCAAGUCUCUUUGUAACGCAUGUGGGAUAAGGCAAAGGAAAGCGAGACAGGCUGCUAUGGCCGCUUCAGGCGCAACCACAACCUCUGACUUGUCACCGCCGCUCCUGAAGAAGAAGAUUCAAAACAAGAACAAGAGAUCAAAUAAAGUUGGUAGUCUCUCUUCUCCUUUGGCUUCAAAGGUACAUAAAUAUAAGAGUAUGACCACAUCUGUGGCGGAGGCAGUGCUGAUGAUGGAUGGCAUAACCGGGGAUUUGGAAACUCAAGUCAAAUCCACUAUGUCGUCUUCUUCAACAUCUACCUCUUCAAACAAGUGUUGUUUUGAUGAGCUAGCCAUAAUUUUGAGCAAAAGCUCAGCUUAUCAGCAAGUUUUUCCUCAAGAUGAGAAGGAGGCUGCCAUUUUACUAAUGGCUCUGUCGUACGGAAUUGUACACGGGUGAUCCUUUAAUCAAAACUCACGUUUUUAGGUAAGAAGUUAGGGAAUUAUUAUAAUUAAUGGUACCAUAAUCCAUCGUAUACGUUGUUUACGUUUGGUUCUUGCGGUGAUAGAUCGAUAUCAGUCAGUCCAACUUUAUGGGGUUUAAUUGUUUUUAAUAAUGAAACUAUUUUGUAUGGAGCUUGAUAUUCCGAGGAUGUGGUUGUUCUUUA